CACGGCUUUUCUCACCGACCUCAGUUCGUCAACUUGGGAUGCCAUCACCGUGGUCAGUGCAAUCAGUCAGAAAUGCGUUUCGGAUUCAGACACAGCAGGUCGCCCGCGCCGGCCGCCCGCGUCAAUGCCGCUUACUAUCCCUCGUGGAGGGCCUACAAGGACAAGACGCCGGCCUCACUCGAUGUCGAGUCCAUGACCCACGUGUUCUACGCCUUCAUAGGUGUCAACGAGGACGGAAGCCUCAAGCUCCUCGACGAAUAUGCGGACCUGCAGAAGCCCACCGACGGGCAGCAGGGCUGCCUGGCUGCGCUCGCGGAGCUCAAGCGCCGCCACCCGCACAUCAAGACGCUCGUCUCGGUGGGCGGCGCGAACGCGAGCGCAGAGUUCCCGGCCCUCGCGGCGAGGGAGCAGUCGCGUCGCACGUUUGCGGCUCAGAUACGCGAGUUCUGCGACCGGCAUAGCUUCGAUGGCGUGGACGUCGACUGGGAACAUCCCAAGACGACCGAGGAGGGUCGGGACUUUGUCAAGCUUCUUCACUCCAUUAGGCGCGCGCUGCCUCCCCCCCAGUAUUUGCUGACCACCGCGUUGCCCGUGGGCGAGUACUGCCUCCGGAACAUUGAUCUCGCCGAGGCCAGCCGCCAUCUCGACUUCCUCAAUCUCAUGGCCUACGACUUUACCGGGCCAUGGACUGAGGUAUGCGGCCAUCACGCGCAGCUGCGAGCGGGCGGCGGCGGCGGCGCAGGCCACCAUCACCAUGGCCACCACCACUAUCAACACCCGGACCUCGCAACGUCGGGCGCCGCCGGGGUCGAGUACGUUAUCUCGCGCAGAGUGCCCGCUGGCAAGAUCCUACUGGGCAUCCCCGCGUACGCGCGCUUCUUCCCGGACGCGGCGGAGCCGGGCCAGGGCUUCGGGUCGGGCGCGGGCGAGAUAGACUACUGCGACCUGCCGCAGGAGUGGAUCGCGAAGGCGCACGUCGACGAGGCGAGGGGCGCGGCGUCGCUGUUUGAAGACGGUGGCGACGGCGGGGGGAAGAGGUUCUUCUCCUUUGACGUGCCGCGAACGGUCAUGGCCAAGGCGAGGUAUACUCAGGACGUGGGCCUCGGGGGCCUCUUUUUCUGGAACGGCGCCGGGGACAUGACGGGGGAGCUGAGCCUCGUCAAGGCUGCAUACGGCGUUCUCGUGGAGCAUCUGUGAGCUAUGCGUGGAGUCGGGGGAGUGAGUGGGAGAAGUCUCGAAUUUGCAUCCUCAGGGGAACGAGCAAUCCUCUAUGUGACCUCGAACUUUAAGAGCCUUGCCCUCGAGUAUUUGUCCAAUUUCGACGACAACUUCUGCGGCAUGCUGGAGUUUAUGGCAGGGCGCAAAUUAACC